UUCCGGUAUCAAAAGUCAUUUCCUCUCUCGUUGUGCCAUCAAAUCGUGUAGCGCAAGAAAUCUUACUUACUUCAAGAUCACGAUUAAGGAAAUAUGUCUCAUACGAUCCUGUUGGUCCAGCCCACCAAGAGGCCAGAGGGACGGACAUAUGCUGACUAUGAAUCAGUCAACGAGUGCAUGGAAGGUGUGUGUAAGAUGUACGAGGAACACCUGAAGAGAAUGAACCCAAACACACCAUCCAUCACCUAUGACAUCAGUCAACUGUUUGACUUCAUCCAUGACCUGGCUGACCUCAGCUGCUUGGUGUACCGUGCGGACUCACAGACGUACCAGCCGUACAACAAGGACUGGAUCAAGGAGAAGAUUUACGUCCUGCUGCGACGUCAGGCCCAACAGGCUGGGAAAUGAGACUUACAGCCCUUAGUUCCAGAAUGACUACACUGCAGACGCCUGAUCUCACAACAACCUGGAUAGGUGUUUUAACAUGUCUGCUAAGCACAUCUUAUGAUAUAGCAAUCCGUUGCCCAACCAUUGGUGGAUGCAACAUCUGCAAUGUAGGCUGCCUGGAACGUGGCCAAUCUAUGACAUCAGAGGUUAUUGCGGUGGGGUCAGAGGGGGGGUGGAGUGUUGUGUAGGGUGAAUGCCCCUAGAUGCUUGGGUCAGUUUAGCAUUUUUUUUUCUACUAAUGGUUUAUAUUUGGAGUGGGGAAGCUGAUCUUAGAUCUGUACACAGGGGAACCUUCACUCCGGAGCAUUUGGAAAGGAAGGGUUGGAUGAUGCUAUGAAUCCAGGAUAUUUUAUCUUUCGGUUUUAACGGAGAAGUUUUCUAGGGGGAAGGGGGUAAGGCAGCUUACAUUUUGUUGAAAUGUUUGUAUUUAAAGAAAAAUUCCCCCUUUUUUUUAUGAAGUCUUUGUCUUUUACUUUAAAAUAAAAAAUGAUUAUUUGUUACUGUU